GCAGUUUUAGUGUGCCAGUUGCCGAAACCGGGUCGUAAGAUGAGGUUAUGGUGUUUGCUUUUGGCGUGUCUUGAGUGUCGAGCAAGGUUUAUUCUUCCUCAUGUGCCUGAUAUGCUGCAUCCACCAGUGCCCAAUAUCGUCAGCAAUGCAACAAAUACCGAUGAGGAGUUUCUGGACCCAGAACUGUCUCCUGGAUUAUUCCAAGGCGAUAUGGCACUCACGAAUGAGUUUUAUAAUUAUUGGAGAGUAGGAAUCAAGUUUGAUGUGUUCCCGGAUAAAAUGUGGAAGAAUGGUGUUGUACCAUACACAAUCAGCCCACUUUACGAGCCUUCUGAAGAAGUAACUAUCAUCAAAGCCAUCAGAUAUCUGAACUUUAUGACCUGCCUCCGUUUCGUACCUUGGGAUGGAAAAAGUAAAGACUACCUUCUGAUCUGGCCAAUAAAGUAUCCCAAAGGGUGUUGGUCCUUCGUCGGUCGAUUUGGAGGGGCCCAGAUUGUCAGCCUGCAGGCGCCCGAUGCGAGAGGACCUAAUUGUCUUGGGACCGAAGGAAGAGCUAUUCAUGAACUGAUGCAUGCGAUUGGAAUUUUCCAUGAGCAGUCCAGAUGGGAUAGGGAUAAGUUCGUGAAGAUUCACAUGGAAAACAUUGUUCCGCAAUAUAAAUCAAACUUUGAUAAGCAGAGCCUGAAGAAUACCACAUAUAGUUUCGAAUAUGAUUACGACUCCAUAAUGCAUUACGGAAAAUUCUUUUUCACUAAAAAGAAAGGAAAACCAACCAUCACUCCGAAGCAACCUGGUGUGAAGUCGAUUGGUCAAAGAAAAGGAAUGUCGAAAGGAGACUGUCUGAAAGUAAACGAUUUAUACGGAUGCUUCAAGAAUCCUAGGACAAGGAGGAAAUAUUAUAGUAUAUGCAACUUCCUAGGAAUAUGAUUUUCUUUAAAACUGAGUUUUAUUUAUUAUGGAAUCGAAAAUCAUAACUGAAUAGUACGUUUAAGAUGUUUGUUUGAGAAUGAUGUAUGGAAUACGAUGUCCUACGCGUAUUUCACAUAAAUUAAAGGAUGCUGGAUGACUUCAAUCAAGCACGCUUUUGUACAAAAUUUUGAAUAAUAAAAUCCCUCAAUAUUUGUAUCAAAAAAUUGGAUUUAGGACUGAUGUGCAUCAUUUGCACUUGCGAGGAUAAAACCAAAAUAUCCUUUUGCUAUAAUUAGGCCACUUUGGGCGACGUCCUUGAUGCAUUGAAAUUGAGGAAUAAACAAUUCUUAUUCAACAACAAAUAGUUCCCUGUAUUAUUUGAUUAUGUUAUUAUCAUUGGUGGAAAACAGAAUUUUCUUUAGAGUUCACAAAUUUAUAUCUGACUCUCCUUUUCAUAUGCAUGUGUAUUUAUUACUUUUUCAAGAGGACUGUAGAAGAAUUGACUGCAGAGUCU